AAUCACGGUUUCAUAUUUAUAUAUUAUAUUUUCAAAAUCAAAUAAAUCAAUCAUAUUUUAAAGCUUAGUUCAGUGUUUUGGAUGUAAAAAUAAUUACUGACCAAGUAGUGUCAAGAACUAAGACAUAGAGUCCAACUGUUUCAAACCAUGUCGAAGUACAAUGCCAGUAAGUUGCGACAAAUGAAACAAGGCGUUGAGAAAAUUCAACAUGGUAAGUUGAGGACAAACAUACCGGCCGGCAUGGCCACACCAGGCCCUCCUCUCGGACCUAUGUUGGGCUGCAGAGGUAUCAACAUUACGACGUUCUGUAAGGAUUUUAACGAGAAGACCAAAGACAUAAGAGAAGGCAUACCUCUGCCAACUCGAGUACAUGUCAAUCCUGACCGAAGUUAUCAGAUAUCAAUAACAAAACCUCCAUCUAUGUAUUAUCUGAAACAAGCUGCAGGCAUACAAAAAGGAGCCAUGAACCCUCUGAAGGAAACAGCUGGGAUGAUUACGCUUAAACACGUGUACGAAAUAGCAUUGAUAAAGCAGACUGACGAAAACCUAGAAUUUAGAGACCUAGAAGAGAUAUGCAAUAUGUUAAUUUCUACUGCUAGGUCUUUGGGUAUCAAAGUAGUCAAAGAACUAAAUGCAGAGGAGUAUCAAAAAUUCUUAGAAGAACGAAAAAUUGUGUUGGAAGAACGAAGACGAGAAUUACAAGAACUGAAAGAAGCAAAAAUGUUAAGAACGGCAUAAAUAAUUAAUCAUCAUUGUUAGAAGUAGGUAUCAAUAAAAGUUAGUUUUAUACAACA